UGGCUGACGCAAAGGCUGGAAGGUCUACGUGCAUUCUGGGUAGUGUAGUAGAUAAGGAGAAUGGGCCCCACUAAAUUGGUCUAGAGGGGAGUACUAUAAAAAUGUAAUUUUAAAAAAUUACACAAAUUACCCUAGAGUGAACAAAAAAAUAUUAAAUAGUAUUUUAGUAAAUACCCCAGUGAAAUUUUAGGCCCUAGAGCCAUUGCCUGGCCUUUUCUCUUUUGUAGCCGACCGCUGUCCUCCGUACCUACCCCCGGGUCCCGGGUCCUGCACUUCCGGUGAGCCUCCCAGGGCGUCGGAGCGGAAGCGGCGGCGGCGGCUUCGGCGGCUUCGGCGGCUUCGGCGGCUGUGAGCUGAGAGGGUCGGCGGGCUCCCAUCCUAACGUUCUCUGGGUGAAGCGGCAUCUGCCAGGCAGAGGUGUCCACCAUGUUCUCUUUCAACAUGUUUGACCACCCGAUUCCCCGGGUCUUCCAGAACCGCUUCUCCACGCAGUACCGCUGCUUCUCCGUGUCCAUGCUCGCAGGGCCUAAUGACAGGUCAGAUGUGGAGAAAGGAGGGAAGAUAAUUAUGCCGCCUUCAGCCCUCGAUCAACUCAGCCGACUCAACAUUACCUACCCCAUGCUGUUCAAACUGACCAACAAGAACUCAGACCGCAUGACGCACUGUGGUGUGCUGGAGUUUGUGGCCGACGAGGGCAUCUGCUACCUCCCACACUGGAUGAUGCAGAAUUUGCUGUUGGAAGAAGGGGGCUUGGUCCAGGUGGAGAGUGUCAACCUUCAAGUAGCCACGUACUCCAAAUUCCAGCCUCAGAGCCCUGACUUCCUGGACAUCACCAACCCCAAAGCAGUAUUAGAAAACGCAUUAAGAAAUUUUGCCUGCCUGACCACAGGGGAUGUGAUUGCCAUCAACUACAAUGAGAAGAUUUAUGAACUGCGGGUGAUGGAGACCAAGCCUGACAAAGCCGUGUCCAUCAUUGAGUGUGACAUGAAUGUAGACUUCGAUGCCCCACUGGGUUACAAAGAGCCUGAAAGACAAGUCCAGCAUGAGGAGUCUGCUGAAGGCGAAGCUGACCACAGCGGCUAUGCUGGAGAGCUGGGCUUCCGUGCCUUUUCCGGCUCUGGAAAUAGACUGGAUGGGAAGAAGAAAGGUGUAGAGCCCAGUCCCUCCCCAAUCAAGCCUGGAGACAUUAAAAGGGGAAUUCCCAAUUAUGAAUUUAAACUUGGUAAGAUCACUUUCAUCAGAAAUUCACGUCCACUGGUCAAAAAGGUUGAAGAGGAUGAAGCUGGAGGCAGAUUCGUCGCUUUCUCUGGAGAAGGACAGUCGUUGCGUAAAAAGGGAAGAAAGCCAUAAGUUGGGACUGUUGGCUGAUUGGAAAAUAAAAUAAUCAAUUGCAACAUAA